GGCACAAACACAGGGUGUUCAAAGCUAGUAAGCUCCAGCUGUGGAUUAUGCUGCGUUUAACUUAAACCUUUUAAUCAGUGUCACUCCUGACUCACCCUUUUGUGUCUGUUUCACUUUCCCAUUAUCUCAAUUCUUCACUCUCCCACCUUUCCCCUUUCCAUUUUCUCACAAUUUUCUUUCAAAUUCACCACCUUUUCCCCCUCUCCACUCUGAAUUCUGGAUCUCUUUUUGUGGAUUUCGAAUUGCUGAAUUCUGCAUUUAUUGCAUCAGAUACUCAAUUUUCUCUCCUGCCCACAAGCAAUUGAAGCAAAAGAUUGGAUUUUUCUCAUCUGGGCAUCAUUAAUUUUGGCAUCUUUGUUGUGAGAUUCAAUUUAUUGACAGGAUGCACGCCAAGACCGAUUCUGAUGUCACGAGCUUCGAUCCUUCAUCACCAAGAUCACCAAAACGAGCCGCUUACUAUGUGCAAAGCCCCUCUAGGGACUCUCAUGAUGGGGAUAAAUCUUCCACUAUGCAUGCUACUCCAGCAUGUAAUAGCCCUAUGGAGUCACCUUCACACCAUUCCUAUGGUCACCAUUCUAGGGCUUCCUCUUCCAGCAGAGUUUCUGGUUCCUACAACUCUUCUUGGGGAAGGAAGGGGAACCGAAAACGCAAUGAUAAAGGGUGGCCUGAAUGCAAGGUGAUUGACGAAGAGGGUGGUUAUGGUGAUUUUUACCGUGAUAGUGAGGGGUUGUCAAGGAGGACUCAGAUCUUCAUUGGUAUCAUUGGGUUUGUCUUGAUUUUUAGUUUGUUUUGUUUGAUCAUUUGGGGUGCUAGCAGGCCUUACAAACCUCAGCUUAGUGUCAAGAGUUUGACAGUACACAACUUCUACUUUGGAGAAGGGUCAGACAUGACAGGAGUCCCAACCAAGAUGCUGACAGUGAAUUGCACAAUGAGAAUGACAAUACAUAACCCUGCAACAUUUUUUGGCAUUCAUGUUAGCUCCAAGGCUGUGAAUCUUAUGUAUUCUGAGAUUACAGUUGCAACUGGUGAGGUAAAGAAGCAUUAUCAACAGAGAAAGAGUCGCGGGAUGGUGUCCGUAAACAUGCAAGGAAGCAAGGUUCCUUUAUAUGGUGCUGGUGCAAGCUUAGCUGGCUUGGUGGACAAUGGAAAAAUACCAAUGACUCUUGUGUUUGAAGUUAAAUCAAGAGGGAAUGUUGUUGGGAAGUUGGUGAAGUCCAAACAUAGACAACAUGUGUCUUGCUCAGUGGCUAUUGAUUCCCACAACAACCGACCCAUCAAACUUAAAGAGAAAGCAUGUACAUACGUUUGAGUGGUUUUUUCCCUAGCAAUAACCAGUUUUUUGUGUGUUAUUUCAAUUCAUUCAACAGGCUUGAGAUUUUCCUUGAGACAGAUAAAGGGUUGAAAGAAUUACAACUAAAGAGUUAAUGUUGUAGAAGUUUUAGUAAGUAAAAAAGCUUUGGGGACAUGAUAAAUGAAAAUUAGACUCGAUUUCCCCUUCCUACUACUUACCAUUUGUUGUUUCCGGUUCUCUCUUGACUCGACUCAUGCUUUCUUUUUUACAGAAGUUAAACCGAUCAUUCAACUAGAGAAUGAUAUGAUUGAAAUGUAACUGAAUUAAUGAUAAUUAAAUACUUUUUUAAUAUUAU